AGUGCUUAUGAAGUUAGUGUAAACAAAGUAUCAACAAGUUCUAUCAUAUUAAAUAAUGAUCUUUUAUCACUGGGUGCAGUUCAAUUUCCAAUAAUUUGUUAUUUUACAUCAAAUAAUUUACCACCAAUAAGUGAAUUAAUGGCAAUCAGUUCUCUAAGAUUUAUUACCAAUAAACCAUACGAUUACACCAAUCUAUUAUCAUACAGAAAAGUAAGAAUUUUAGACAUUUAUUAUGUAACUGGACUAUCCGAUUUCCCACCUUUUUCUCAAAUUCCUGACGAUAAUAUCUUUGAGCAAAUUGGAUCAAGAGCACAAUAUAAUCCCAAAUCAACUAAAAUCGAUUUAUCAAAUUUAAAAAAAUUAAAAGUUAUGAAUUUUCGUGAUACAGGUGGUUUUCAUGUAAACAAUGAAAUUCCUUUUUUACCACAUCCAAAUUUAGAAUCACUUUCAAUAAGCAGUGGUUUUCUUUCAGAUCCAAGAGAUUUUGUCAAUAACUCUCCAAAACUUACCUCCUUAGUACUAUCUUAUGAUUCAAUUGGUUUAGAUAUUUCAACAUGGAGAUUAAGCCAACUUAGUAGAUUAGAAUCUUUAGAUUUGUCCUAUAAUUCUCUUACAGGUACUCUCGAUGAAAGUUUUUGUCACAUUAAAGAUCUACGUAUUCAAAAUAAUCAAUUGGAGGGUCCUCUACCUAGUUGUUUUGUUUGCUAUUUUACACCAAUUUCUUAUGCUUUUAGUAAUAAUAAAUUUACAAACUUAAAUCCUAUCCCGCCCUGUACAACUAUUAUCCCCAAUCUUUGGUAUAAUUCAAGUGAAGAAAUGUUAUAUAUUCAUGGUAAAGAUGUUGGUUUAUCUGUUCAAGAUAUUAUCUUACCCUCACCAUAUAAUAAUCUUCAAAUUAAACUUGUUCAGCGUUCAAAGAUUUUUAAAGUACCAAUGAUCCUAUCUUCUGUACCAGAAACAUUGGAUGUAACUUUUAUAGCAUUAGCAACCGACGGUUCAUCUACUCAAACAUUUAAGCUAUCACCUUUUUCAAAGAAACCAAUUUUUACGAAUAUUAUCCCAAGUCAAGCUCAAGGUCAUUUAGAAUUCAAAGGUUCUUUUUUUAGUUAUAAUAAAACUUCAAUUAAAGUAACUCUAGAUGGUUUUGAUUGUUUAAUAUUAUCCUCCACAUUUUCAAGUAUUUUUUGCCAAGUUCCAAUUACUUUAGAUUUCACAAAAACAAGUGUUAAAGCAAUUGUAACUAUUGAUGAUAAUGGUCUUGGAAUUAAAGUACCACAACCGCUAUUGGAAGAGAUGUAUAUAGAUAUGAGUAGUGAAAAUAUAAUGUGUGGAGAAAAUAUAAUGUGCGGGGAAAAUCAAUAUUGUCUUGCUAAUGGUACUUGUAUUUGUAAUAAAGGUUUCAAGUUGGUCGGGGGUGUAUGUGUAGUAGAACCUUUGUGUCCAAGUAGUUGUUCAAAUGCAGGUACUUGUGUAGAAGGGGUUUGCCAUUGUGACGCUGAUAGGGCAUUGUUUGAUUGUUCGGGUUAUGUAUGCAAAGAAACAUGUCUGAAUGGUGCAUGUAAUGAAGUAAAUGGCAAAUGUAAAUGCUUACCAAAUUAUACAGGUUCAAAUUGUUCAAUUCCAUCACAUUAUGUCACAUCUGUUAUACCGUGCUCUGUGGAUGGUGGUAGUGUUACAUUAUACGGUUUAUUCCCAGAUACAACAUCAGAAUACACAGUAAUAAUUGGUUCACAAAAUUGUCAAGUUAACUCAAAAAGUAAUACCGAGAUUCAAUGUUUAUUAGGCCCAGGUAUGGGUACUCAAAAUAUUAAAGUCACAAAUUCAAAAUAUAACAUUAGUUUUACUGGUAUUGGUAUUUUUAAUUUUUAUAAUCCAAUUAAACAAUGUCCAAAUAAUUGCACAAAUAUUUCAAACGGUUUAUGUAAUGCGACAUCUGGUUCAUGCGAGUGCCUUGGUGAUUGGACGGGUUUCGACUGCUCUGUUAAAAAAGAAUUAGCAAUUUCAGCACCAUUUGUUAACACUACCGUCGAUACUAAAACUGGUGGAGCAAAAAUGAAUAGCAAAGAAACAGUUUAUAAAAUUGGAGUUGCUUCAUUAAAGGAAAUAUCAAUUGAUGGUUCAAUAGUUCAAAAUCAUUCAUUAGAAGAGAAUUGGGUAUUUUUAGAUCAAGAACAAGAUAGUAACAUUUUUACAUUUGAACAAAAAAUUGAUGAAAUUUCAAAAAUAACAUAUAUUAUCGAAGAGGUUAAGCAAGAUAAAGAAUUUCAAUUUGGAACAGUUAAUUUUAUGGUACCAAAAGAAGCAAUUAAAAUUUCAGUAAAUAUUUCAAAUUACCAGUAUCAAAAUUCUUUAAAUACUCUUUUAUUAUCAUUUAUUUCAGGUACCUCUUCAAACCAACAAAAUAGUGAUGAUACAUGUAACGAAAAAGAAGUUUCAAUUGAUACAUCAAAUGCAGAUAACCAAAAAGAUACAAACUAUAUUAGCAUUAGUAAAAACUCACGUCAGUUAGUGGGAAGAUUUAUUAAUCAAGUCGUUUCAGAUGGCAGAGCAACUUUUAUGUCAAGUUUUAUAAAUCAAACUAAAAAUAGUAAUGGAGAAUUAAAUGUUAUAGUUUCAUUAAAUUUACCACAUUGCCAAUAUUCAUGUUUAAUUGAUCCAGAUUUUAGUUUGCUAAUUACACCAGGAUUUAAAUCUGAAUGUUCAAAUGGAAAAAAAAAUAAUUGGUUAAUUCCAGUCGCUGUGGUAGUUCCCUGUGUUUUUGUUUCUGCAUUAGUGGCUAUUUCAAUUGUAUUAUAUAGAAAACAUAAAUAUAGUAUUAAAAUAUUAUCAUUUAAAUUAAAA